AUGGUAGCCUUAUUCGUUAAAUUUCUCCCCCUAGUUGCGAUCGGUCUUGUGCAUGGCUCAUCGGUGCCAUCAAUUCUUAUUAGUGGCCCAAGAAUAGCGAUCGAAUUUCGCAAGGUAGAACUAAGAUGUAGCACCGGCUCAAAGGAUAACAGUUUGCAGUGGUAUUUUUCAUCCGACGGAUCCGAUGCACAGUACGAGCCCCGAAUCCCGUCCAGCUCCGUUCGCUUGUCGAGGGAUGGGGCGACACUAACCAUCCGAUCGGUGACAAACGAUCACGUCGGCAGUUAUCGCUGCUGUUCCAGUGAAACUGUUUGUGCCAGGUUGAAACUAUUCGUUGUAUCUGUAACCGACGACGAUUCAUCGCUGGAGCCCAUAGACAGUGCUGCCGGGAGCGCUGGUAUGCUUGAUGUCCAGAGCCAUGGUAGCUUCUCACUAGCCCUUUAUCACGCGCCCAUCAAUGCAGAAAUUUACAUCGAUCGUAAACCCACUGUUAGCUUCUGUGAUCACUUCCUAAAGUAUGCUAGGGAGUGUUACGAAAAUCGAUCAUCUGACACGGUGUCGUAUUACGUGCGAAACGCGACGAUGGAAGCUAGUGGACAGUUCGCCAUUAAAGUUCUUCACAACCAACAGCUGGAACAAUUUCGCCUGAACAUCUUGAUACGAGGAGCCCCUACCGUACACAUGAACAAUUACAAUGUGCUGAGCAGUUCGACACACAUCAACUUAGAGUGCCGGGGAUAUGGGUAUCCUACACCAAACAUUACCUUUUCCUAUACACCAUGUAAUCCAUUGCGCAUGGAUCAUUUAGACGGGCUGCGGAUAAAGCACUCUAACGAAAGCACAACCAUUCCGCAACACCUAGCGCGCCAUUCCGUGUUCAACUAUACAACUAGCUUUGAAGUAAUCGUACCGUCCUGGCCGAUAGAAAAUGGCCCCGGCAUUGUUACCUGCCAGGCCUGGAGUAGCCAGGGAACGUCAUCGACCGGAACAUUUCUGUACGUACGCAAUUUUCUCGACACAAUGCUGUUUAGCGUCGUUUCUCCAACGGAUGUGGUGCUGUACGGUGAUAUGGUGAAUAUGGCGUGUCAGGUGGAUGUUUAUAAUUUCACCAACCAGUUUAUUGUAAGUCACAGUGGAAAUCACGACAGUCGAAUAGGGGAAAGGACCGCCUAUGCAUGGACUGUUAUGUACCGAACGUACAUUACUAACGCGUCCCAAAACGUAAUAUCCUGUGUGGCGCACAACAAGAACGGAUCGGUGCUGGUAAAAACAUUGAACUUGCGGAUACGAUAUCCUUCCAAACCACACAUUGUCAGCGUAAACGAUACGGUAAACAUAACGAUUGCAUCCGGCGAUCGGCACAAGCUGGAAUGUGACAUCGAGGGAACACCAACGCCGAAUAUUGUGUGGUUCAAAAAUGACGACCAUUUGCGAAGCGAACAAGGAUAUGUUAUCCUCAUUUCGCUCGAGCCGGACGAAAUCGGAGCCACCUACAAAUGUAUCGGUGCAAGCCGUUUGGGCAAGGCGAUCAAAACGUGGCAUAUUGUCGUGGAAGGUGUGAUCAAGUUAAAGCUGGACGAAACAUCGAUACGUAUUAAUCACGUAUCGCUUCUAUUUCAGAUCCAACGCAGUGGUUGCUGA